AUGUAUAAUUACAAUCUGUCAAUCUCUCUCUGGACAUCAAAAUCAUUCAAACCCAACCCUAAAUCCACAAAGUUAUUAGAUGAAGAAACCAUUGCCAAUCUCUUGAUCAACUUCAUUGAAGAUGUCCUCAAUUACUCCCCAAACAAGAACGCCUCAUUGCACAAACAAUCCAAAAUAGAUUCAGUUACCAACUUGAAGGAUGUCUUUAAUUUCUCAUUUCUCACUCUCACUUUCGUCAUUUGCAUCUACGAAGCUCCUGCAGAUCUGCGAUCUGCGUGCCUUAUUACACUGAAGAAUCAACUAUCGUGUCCGAGAUCACGAGAAGUAUCGAAGCUUCUGACGAGGCUUAUAGGAUCCAAUAGAGAAGAGCAAUGGAUGCGUUCAAUAAACCUUGCGAUUACUAAUUGGAUUGUUGAGCUACAAGCUGCAAAUCAAACCCUCAGGACGCCAUCGCCGCUGUUUUCUUAUGAAAGGUCGACGUUUGGGUUGUGGAAAGUGCAGUUGUACUGUCCUGUGAUUGCCAUGGAGACUGAAAACUCGAGCAGUCCUUUAUCUGAUGAGCGUUUGCUCUUCUCUCUUAACUACCACCAAGUUGAGGGUGUGAUCCAACUAAAUUACCAGGUGAUGAUUCGAGAGAAGUGGAUUGAAGUGAUUGUGAAUACAGAUAACGUAAGGUACAGUACAAUGAUUUUUUCUCCACAGAAUUUGAGUUUACAUGGGUCAAGAACAGCUCAAUAUGAUUUUUUUCAUCAAAUACUAAGGAAAUCAACACAGUAAGAUAAAUGCUGAUAAUUGAACUGAGUUACUCAGUUCGAUUUGAAUAAGAUUCAAGUCGAGCUUGGUUCGUAUUUUAAACGAGCCGAACGUGAAUAAUUUUUUAAACUCGCUUAAAUAAUGAGUCUAGAAUACUAGGCUCGAACUCACAAAUUUGGCUCGUUUAUAUAUAAAAUAGUUGAGCUAUUCGGGUUCGACU